CGUGUGCACGUGCCGUAACAGCGCCAAAGGCAAUACACAAACUAGUACGAGCCACAGAGAGAGAGAGAGAUCACUGCGAGGCAGCCGCCGGAGAAAUCAAUCCAAUUACAAUACCCGAUACAUCACCUUAUCCAAGGCCUUUUGAGAUGGGGAAAGAUAGCCAGGCGUCGUCGGCUAUGGAAAUCGACGACCUCAAGUCAAAUAGCUCCGAUCAGAUCGCCCCUAAAUUCUCCAUUAACGUGUUGCAGCUCUUGAAAUCUGCUCAGAUGCAGCAUGGUUUGCGCCACGGCGAUUACACUCGCUAUCGGAGGUAUUGCACUGCUCGGUUGAGGAGGUUGUAUAAGUCAUUGAAGUUCACUCAUGGCCGUGGUAAAUACACCCGCAGAGCCAUAACUGAAUCUACUGUCACUGAAGUGAGGUUUCUUCAUGUUGUUCUUUAUACGGCGGAGAGAGCUUGGAGCCAUGCCAUGGAAAAAAGACAGGUUCUGGAUGGUCCAAAUGCUCGUCAACGGAUCUAUCUAAUUGGUAGGCUGAGGAAGGCGGUAAAAUGGGCUACUCUCUUUGCACAGUUGUGUGCAAUCAAAGGAGAUUCCAGAACUUCUUUAGAAGCUGAGGCUUAUGCCUCCUUUAUGAAAGGGAGCUUGCUGUUUGAACAAGAUCAAAAUUGGGACACAGCAUUAAUGAAUUUCAAAAGUGCCAGGGCUGUUUAUGAGGAACUUGCGAAAUAUGGAGACCUGGAGAGUCAAGUUUUGUGCCGUGAGCGUGUUGAAGAAUUAGAACCUAGUAUUCGAUACUGCCUGCACAAGGUUGGAGAGUCAAAUCUACAAGCCUCCGAACUUCUACAAAUUGGUGAGAUGGAAGGACCUGCUCUUGACCUCUUCAAGGCUAAGUUGGAGGCUGUUAUGGCUGAGGCAAGAUCUCAACAGGCUGCCUCCAUGACAGAGUUUCAUUGGCUUGGUCAUAGAUUUCCAAUAUCGAAUCCAAAAACUCGAGUUUCCAUUUUAAAAGCUCAAGAAUUGGAGAAAGAUGUACUUGGUUCAUCAGCUAAUUCACUCCCACCAGAGAAAAAACUAGGCAUUUUUGACAAAAUCUUUACUGCAUACCAUGAGGCAAGGAGCUGCAUUCGCAAUGACUUGGCCAGUGCAGGUAAUUCUGAAAAUGUAAAGGAUGACCUUAAUGGCCUCGACAAAGCUGUUAGUGCUGUUUUAGGACAACGAACUAUUGAGCGCAACCAACUGUUAGUUAACAAUGCAAAGAGUAAACUCACCAAACGACGUGAUGACAAAAACGAGAAAGCUACUAAGCCUGAAGAGCUCGUUCGGUUAUAUGAUCUCUUAUUACAGAAUACAUCCGAUCUUUCAGAUUUAGUCAGUUCUGGAAGGGAUAGAAAACCCGAAGAAGUAGCAUUCACGGAAGAUUGUGAACUUAAAAGUUUGGCUUUCCGAGCAGAAAGGUGUUUCUUUUUGGGAAGAUCAUACAGCUUGGCUGGUAAGAGGGUAGAAGCAUAUGCAUUGUACUGCCAUGCCCGCUCUCUUGCCGAGACUGCCCUACAGAAAUUCCAAGCUGUGAAUAAUGGUGAUCAGAUGAUCAUCGAAGAGUUGAAGAUAUUGUAUGAUGAAUGCAGAUCUAACAGUUGUAUAGAGCAUGCCACCGGGAUCAUGGAGGAGCUGAAGGCUCCUGAGAAUCUUUCAAAAAAGAUAUCCAGUAUCAAUUUAACUGGCGUUGAUAAGAAGGUGGAGAAAUUCCUCCUUGAGAAACUCGAUGUCUAUGAGUCUGCAGUUGGUGAAUCCAAUGUGAAAAGUGCUCCGCGGAUUGAAGCUUUCCCUCCUUCGUUUCAAUCAAUAACUCGCAAUCCCAUUGUUCUGGACCUUGCCUAUAACCACAUUGAUUUCCCAUCUCUUCAACAUAGGAUGAGGAAAGACAAAAGUGGCUUCCUUAGUAGGUUUUGGGGAUGAGUUCUACACAGUAGGUUCAUUUUAUACGCUGAAGAAUUUGAGGAUUUUACUGUUAAUUGUACUCUGUCCUUGGCCUCAUAGAAGCCAAUUUUGAAAUUAGAAAAAAGGGAAUAUGGAGAUGCAACUUUUAUUUUUGAUGUGGAAUGAUAGAAAAUAUUAACAGAACUUGAAAUUUCAGAGUGGAAAUUGUUGCGGUUAUUCUCA